AAAAAAAAAAAAAAAGAGAAUCAGUCCCUCCAUCUCUCUCUCUCUUUUUCCUCUCUGUGUCUGUCUCUCUCUGUCUCUCUUCAUAGACCUCAUUUCCUAACAUGGAUUCCACGCCCCACCUGGAAUCCCAAGUCUGAUAAACCCUAGAUUCACAGAUCACAUAUAACUAAACAAUUACGAAAGAAAAAAAGCUUUUUGCUUUAUUGUUUUUCUGAAUUCCUUAUCUGGCUAUAGUGUCUGAUUUCUCACCUAAUUUUUCAGCUUGAGUACAAAUAGUUUGGGAGUUAUCGUUUCUUCUUUUGUUAUAUUGAGCAUGCAUAGAUCUGGAGCUGCUAUGGCCUGGAAUGUUUUCAAGUUCUGUACGGCCCUCCGGGGCCUUGGCUCGAUCAUGAUCCUGUUGGUGCUUGGGGUUGUGGGUGUCACCUACUACGCCGUCGUUUUGACCAAUUAUGGCCCCGCUUUGUAUGAUGGAGGGCUUGAUUCUGUUACAGCUCUUGCUGUCUUGAUCCCAUUUCAUUGUUUGUUGGUCAUGCUGUUAUGGAGUUAUUUUUCUGUUGUUUUAACUGACCCGGGUAGUGUGCCUCCUAAUUGGAGACCCGCUGUUGAUGAGGAAAGAAGUGAGGCUGACCCAUUGAAUGGCUCAGAUUUCAGUGGUUUGGCAACGGAUUCAUCCAACCAAAGAAUCCGUUAUUGCAGGAAGUGCAACCAAUUGAAACCACCUCGUUGCCACCAUUGCUCUGUUUGUGGUAGGUGUGUGCUAAAGAUGGAUCAUCAUUGUGUUUGGGUUGUAAAUUGUGUUGGGGCAUUGAAUUAUAAAUAUUUUCUUCUAUUUUUGUUUUACACGUUUCUCGAGACAAGUCUUGUAACUUUGUCAUUGCUGCCACACUUUAUAGCAUUCUUUAGUGAUGGGGAAAUUCCUGGAACACCUGGGACCCUUGCAACGACAUUCCUUGCCUUUGUUUUGAACCUGGCAUUUGCAUUGAGUGUGAUGGGAUUUCUGAUCAUGCAUACAUCGCUGGUUUCUGCUAAUACCACUACUAUUGAGGCAUAUGAGAAGAAAACCACACCAAAAUGGCGCUAUGACCUUGGUCGAAGGAAAAAUUUUGAGCAGGUGUUUGGGGCUGAUAAGCGGUACUGGUUUGUGCCUGCAUAUUCGGAUGAAGAUUUGCGACGGAUGCCUGCACUUCAGGGUCUUGAAUAUCCAUCAAAGCCUGAUUUGGACUGUCAAGAAUUCUAGAAACCAGUUGUGCCGCUGGUUGUGGAACUGGAGAAGUUUUCUUUUGUAACAAUAGAUAUGGAGCCCUGCCGAAACGUGACAUUACAUCCUAAACUUGAUAAACAAGUUGCAGCUAAUAUGGGCUCCUAACCAUUCAUUCCCGCGGCAACUUUCUGAAAUAACUGGAGAGAGAGAGAGAGAGAGAGUUGUAUGAAGGUGAUCAGGCAGCUCAAAAUCUAGAUUGCAGAAUACUGAAGGCAUGAUGGCUGAUGUUUACUUAUUCUAAUUGAGGAGCUCCAAGAAAUGUAACGUUAUUGAUGUGGCGGUAUACUGAUGUUCCUGUAGGUUUUUUGUUGUACAUUUAAUCGAAAUAUAGAAAUCAGUCUCACGGCUUAGUAGAGGUGAUAUCCUUACUCGUUACUGGCAAAAUUUUUUAUUUUUA